AUGCAGCCACAGAAUCUAACAAGUACCUUAGAAUUCCUUCUCCUGGGACUUUCUGAGGAUCCAGAAUUGCAGCCCCUCGUCUUUGGGCUGUUCCUGUCCAUGUACCUGAUCACUGUGGCUGGAAACCUGCUCAUCAUCCUGACCAUCAGCACUGACCCCCACCUCCACACACCAAUGUAUUUCUUCCUCUCAAACCUGUCUUUGGCUGACAUUGGUUUCAUCUCCACCACAAUCCCAAAGAUGCUGGUGAACAUACAGACACAGAGCAAAUCCAUCACUUAUGUAGGCUGCCUGACACAAGUGUCUUCUUUUUAUCUCUUUGGAUGUCUGGACAGUCUGUUCCUCACUGUGAUGGCCUAUGACCGACUUGUGGCCAUCUGCUACCCUCUGCACUACACAGUCAUCAUGAACUCCCGCCUCUGUGGCUUGCUAGUUUUGGUGUCUAUUUUUUUUAGCCUUUUGGAUGCCCAGUUGCAGAUUUUAUUGGUGUCACAGAUUACCAUCUGCACAGAUGUGGAAAUCCCUAGUUUCUUUUGUGACCCUCCUCAACUCCUUAAUCUCGCUUGUUCUGACACUUCCACCGAUAUCAUAUUGGUAUAUUGUAUUUGUAUUCUCUUUGGUGGUAUUCCAGUCUCAGUGAUACUAUUCUCCUAUGUGCGAAUUGUUUCCUCCAUUCUCAGAGUCUCAUCUUCAGGUGGGAAGUAUAAAGCCUUUUCUACCUGUGGUUCUCAUCUCUCAGUUGUUUGCUUAUUUUAUGGAACUGGGCUUGGAGUGUACCUCAGUUCAGCUCUCGCUUCUGCUACAAGGAAGGGUGUGGUGGCCUCAGUGCUGUACACUGUGGUCACUCCCAUGAUGAACCCCUUCAUCUACAGCCUGAGGAACAGGGACAUAAAGAGAGCCCUGUGGAGGUUCCUCAACAGAGCAGCCAAAUGUCAGCAUUGGUGUCUCUGCUUCAUGGAACCACAGAAUAUAACACAUGCUUCUGAAUUCCUCCUCCUGGGCUUCUCAGAUGAUCCAGAAUUUCAGCCACUUCUCUUUGGAAUGUUCUUGUCCAUGUACCUGGUCACCAUGAUUGGGAACAUGGUCAUUAUCCUGGUCAUAAGCUCUGACAACCACCUCCACACUCCCAUGUACUUCUUCCUUUCCAACCUGUCCUUGGCUGACGUUGUUUUCACCUCCACCACCGUGCCAAAGAUGCUUAAUGACAUCCAAACACAUCACAAAAUCAUCUCAGAUGUAAACUGCCUCAUUCAGUUGUCUUUCUUCAUUUUGUUUGGAUGUAUGGACAGUCUGCUUCUUACUGCAAUGGCCUAUGACCGGUAUGUGGCCAUUUGUCACCCUCUGCACUACCCAGUCACCAUGAGCUCCCGCCUUUGUGGUCUUCUGGUUUUGCUAUCUUUUUUCAUUAGCUUUUUGGACUCCCAGCUGCACUGUUUGAUGGUGUCACAACUUAAAUUCUGCACAGAUGUGGAAAUCCCUAGUUUCUUCUGUGAUCCGACACAACUCUUCAUCCUUGCCUGUUCUGAUUCCUCGACCAGUACCAUAUUACUGUAUUGUAUUGGAGCUUUCUUUGGUGGUGUUCCAGUCUCAUGGAUCAUGUUCUCUUAUACGCGAAUUGUUUCCUCCAUUCUGAGAGUCCCAUCAUCAGGUGGGAAGUAUAAAGCCUUUUCCACUUGUGGCUCUCAUUUGUCAGCUAUUUGCUUAUUUUAUGGAACUUCUCUUGGAGUGUACUUCAGUUCAGUUCUCUCACCUUCUCUCAGGAGUGGUGCAGUGGCUUCAGUGACGUACACUAUUUUCACUCCCAUGCUGAAUCCCUUUAUCUACAGCUUGAGAAACAGGGAUAUCAAGAGGGCACUGCAGAGACUUCUCAGUAAAACAAUCUGUUUUUAA